AUGAAGUUUCUGAAUAUUGUGGCCAUUGCUGGAAGUCUUGCAAUUGCCACCGGUAAGCAGGUUUCUGGUAUAUUCAAGAGUUUGGAUUCUGUUGUAUAUCAGCUGCCACCUGGGUCAUUUUUCCUUCACAAAACUCCAGGCUCUCCAACAUGGUUUGCUACUCUUAGUUGGGAAAUGGACGAUUCCUUGGUUUUCCCUGGGGAUACCUUUACUUUAACAAUGCCCUACGUUUUCAAAUUCAUAACCAGUGCUACAAGUGUAUCGUUGACAGCGAAUGGGGAAACGUUUGCUACAUGCUCAUUGGAAGGCGGCGAGCUUCUCGUCCCAUUCUCAUUGGUUAAAUGUACUGCUUCGGAUGCAAUUGGUUCCAGAGACUUGCUUGGACACGCUAUUGUGGCUAUGGGAACUAUACAAGUUCCAUUUGUGUUUAAUAAUGGAGGUUCUUCAGAGUCAGUUGAUCUAGAAGGAGCUAAUGGUUUAGUUGCAGGAGAAAACACGAUUACAUUCAGAGAUGGAGAUAAUGAGCUUUCAACUAUCGCAGUUUUUGAAGGGGGAAGUAAUUCUGGUAACCCUCCUAACGCCUUGAAUUUCAAUUCUAAAGUUCUUCCUGGCUUGAACCUUUAUCAGCUUACCAUGCUAGGUGGUGUAUGCCCGGAUGGGUACGCUAGUGGUACUAUUGGUCUCACAGUGGAACAAACAAAUAUUGAUUGUGAAACAGUAAAGGUUGGUUUCACAAAUGAUGUCAAUGAUUUUUUGUUCCCCAAAACCUAUACUGAUGAUUUCCAGUUCGAAGAAACUUGUUCCUCAACUGGGUACACAGUCACUUAUUCCAACAUCCCUGCAGGCUACCGUCCCUUCCUCGGUUUACUCUCUGACAACCCUGUUGGAAGCUUUGGGCCAGUGACCCAUUAUGUAGACCGUUACACAUGUAACAGUGGCCAAACGAGCAAUAACGAUGAAACUAGAUACUGGGGUCGCUAUCAGAAUUCGGAUCCCAAUUCGGAUGGUGGCCGUGUGAGGAUUAUUACCCUGACUUAUAGAGGAUCAACUACAGCUCUUACAACAUUGCCUUUUACUCCUGGUCCAGGUAACACUAGAACUGUCGUUGUCCAGGUUCCGGUUCCUACAACUACGGUUACCAGCUCAUGGACAGGGCUGGUUACUACUACCAUUACCCAGACGGCAGAACCUGGAGAAACUGCAACAGUCAUUAUUGAAGUUCCAUAUCCAGUUGUCACAAUAACUACUCCAUGGACUGGAACUGAUAUUACAUCCGUUACUGUUACUGGCACUGACGGUACCAACACUUUGGUUAUCGAAACUCCAAUUCCAACUGUUACUAUUACCACUCCGUGGACUGGAACUGAUAUCAGCACCACAACUGCAACUGGUAAUGGAACUAACACUGUGAUUAUCGAAACCCCA